CGUCCACCCAGGCACCCACCGCUCCGCUCUCUCCCGCCGUCCCGCGUGCUUUCUCUCUCCCGCUCCAACGCAUGGCAAAGGCGGCGCCCGCAGCCGGCGGCGGCAUUGCUGACAUCCUCGUCACCCGCGACCGGGACUUUCUCGUCCGCAACUCCGGCGAGCAGGUGAAGAUCAGCAGCAUUGAGGCAAGCCCUGUGGCCAUCUACUUCUCGAACUCAUGGUUCCCGCCAUCCAGGUGGUUCACGCCCAAGCUUAUCCAAGUAUACAAACAACUGGCCUCAGAGGGCAAGAGCUUCGAGGUCAUCUUUGCUUGGGGCGAUCUUAAAGAAAAAACAUUCAAUGAAUACUUUGCAAAGAUGCCAUGGUUGGCUCUCCCUUUUUCUGACAUUGAACGUCGUGAGGCCCUUGAUAUCCGGUUCAAGGUCACUGAUACCCCACACCUGGUCAUCCUUGAUGCAAAAACUGGUGAAGUUUACACUAAAGAUGGUGUUAGAAUCGUGAGUGAGUAUGGCGUGGAUGCUUACCCUUUCACACCAGAUCGGAUCAAUGAACUGAAAGAACUGGAAAAGGAAGAAAAGGAGAAUCAAACUAUUCAAAUCGUGCUUGGCACAUCUACUCGAGACUAUCUCAUUUCAAACAAGGGAGACAAAGUACCCAUCUCUGAGCUUGAGGGGAAGUAUGUUGGUCUUUUCUUUGUGGGGGUUGGCUAUCCACCAUUCAUUGAGUUCAUUGACUUGCUUGCUAAGAUCUAUGAGAAACUCAAAGAAGUGGGGGAGAAAUUUGAAGUUGUAGCUGUAUCCAUCUACAGCGAAGAGUCAUCAUUUAAUGAGAGUUUUGCAAAGAUGCCUUGGCUUGCAAUUCCUCAUGGUGACAACAAGUGUUUGACCCUGACUCGUUACUUUGGGUUUAUGAGUCUUCCAACACUAGUUCUGAUUGGCCCUGAUGGGAAGACACUGAACAACAAUGUUGCGGAAAUAAUUAUCGAUCAUGGUUUUGACGUAUGGGAGGGUUUCCCCUUCAGUGCUGAGAAGCUGGAUUUUCUUGCUGAGAAGGUAAAGGUUAAAGCUGCAACACAGACCUUGGAGUCCCUGUUAAUCAGUGGUCAUCUGGACUUUGUCAUUGGAAAAGAUGGUGUAAAGGUUCCUGUAUCAGAACUUGUUGGGAAGACUGUCCUUCUUUACUUCUCAUCAAAAUGGUGUGGACCAUCCCGUGGCUUCCUGCCCACACUUGUGGAGGCAUACAGCAAGAUCAAAGAGAAGAACAGUGAUUUUGAGGUCGUCUUCAUCUCCCAUGACAGGGACCAGAGGUCGUUCGAUGAAUAUUUCUCCGAAAUGCCAUGGCUCGCUGUGCCCUGGGAAGAUGAAAGGACAGCACCCCUGAAGACGACCUUCAAGGCCCGCGGGUUCCCUAUACUUGUCGUCAUCGGUCCUAAUGGGAAGACAGUCAGCUGGGACGCAACGGAACUGCUGGUGGUCCACGGCGCUGAUGCUUUCCCAUUCACCGAGGAGAGACUUGAGGAGCUACAGAAGAAGGUGGAUGAGAUGGCGAAGGCGAUGGGAUGGCCUAAGAAGCUGAAGCAUGAGCUGCAUGGCGAGCACGAACUUGUCCUGCAAUACCGUGGUACUGAUACAUACGCCUGUGAUCGUUGUGUACAGAUGGGCAGCAGCUGGGUCUACACUUGCGAUUGCGAGGAGUGUGACUUUGACCUGCACCCCAAGUGCGCUUUGCGUAAGAAGGGCGAGGAGGAGGAAACCAAGUCGUCCACUGCUGGGUGUUAUGUGUGCAAGGGAAGUGAUGUGUGCAUUAAGGCCUAGAGUUAUUCUACCUUGGAGCUGCUGAGGUUUGUUUGUUAAUAAAUAGUAGUCGCACGUUGAACCCUUACGAGCAUAUGUGUAUGCAAGGCUAUGUGAGUAUUGUGUCCGAUCAAAGUAAUGUGGUUUUGCUGCAUGGUAUUUCUGGUCUUAAGC